AUGGAGUCGAACCAGCCGAUAGACGACACGUUACCGCCCUGGGCGCGAAACAGUGCCAUGCUGAUAGGCCAAGAAGCCCACGAUCUUGGCCUGGAACUGAACAGUCCAGAUCCUAUCUACUCCACAUUCUCAGUGUUUCCGACUCGAACGCCGUCCGACUCCGCGUACGACUUCAGAGAUCAUUACACUGUGCCAUCGUUCCACGUGCCUCCCGCCUAUACUGUCAAUAACGUUCCGGAAAUGGCCAGCAGGAUGCCUGCUUUCAGCGAUGAAACCUUGUUCUGUAUCUUCUACCAAAUGCCGCGAGACAUCAUGCAAGAGCUGGCGGCUUCGCAGCUUAAUCAGCGUGACUGGCGGUGGCACAAAGUUUUGCGGAAGUGGUUGCAGAAGGACACCCGAGAAGCAAAUGCAGGUGCUGCACCGUCUCUCAUUGACCACACCAAUGGUGCACCCAUCGGUCAGGACCCUAUUCGUCUCAACGAUCGCAGCGAGCGAGGCAUCUACAUCUUCUUCGAGGAGAAAGACUGGCGGCGGGAGCGUCGCGAAUUCACGCUGGAUUACGACUCUCUUUACGCUGUGCCCCUGGUGGCUCCAGCAGGUGCGUACCACGCUGGCGGCCGGGCCGGUAAUCUUAGUAUCAUGAACGGAGGACCUGUUGGAGGACCGUCUGCGGAACAGAACGCAAUGACGAGCCCAUCGUAA